AUGUCUCAUAGAAAAUUUGAGGCUCCCCGUCAUGGCUCUUUGGGAUUUCUUCCGCGUAAACGAGCAAGAAGACACCGAGGUAAAGUCAAGUCUUUUCCAAAAGAUGAUCCAAGUAAACCUGUUCAUCUGACCGCUUUUAUGGGCUAUAAGGCGGGUAUGACCCAUAUUGUUCGUGAUUUGGAUCGUCCUAACUCAAAGAUGCAUAAGAAGGAGAUAGUUGAAGCUGUCACCAUCAUUGAAACACCACCUUUGAAGAUUGUAGGUGUAGUCGGAUACGUUGAAACACCAAGAGGAUUACGUACCUUGACCACAGUAUGGGCAGAACACUUGAGUGAUGAAGUCAAAAGAAGAUUUUAUAAGAACUGGUAUAAAUCAAAAAAGAAAGCAUUUACAAAGUAUGCUAAAAAAUAUUCUGAACAAAAUAAAGAAAUCGAUACAGAAUUGGAAAGAAUUAAAAAGUAUUGUCAAGUUGUAAGAGUAUUAGUUCAUACACAAAUUCGUAAAAUUAAAAUUCGACAAAAGAAAGCUCAUCUGAUGGAAAUUCAAUUAAAUGGUGGCACUAUUAAAGAUAAAGUUGACUGGGCUAGAAGUCAUUUUGAAAAAGAUGUGGAAAUUUCUUCAGUAUUUGAACAAGAUGAAGUUAUUGAUAUUAUUGGUGUCACCAAGGGUAAAGGUUUUGAAGGGGUCACUCAUCGUUGGGGAACGAAGAAACUUCCGCGUAAAACCCAUAAAGGUUUACGUAAAGUUGCUUGUAUUGGUGCAUGGCAUCCCUCAAGAGUAAUGUAUUCUGUUCCACGUGCUGGUCAAAAUGGAUAUCAUCACCGAACGGAAGUCAACAAAAAAAUUUAUCGUAUUGGUAAACAGAGUGAAGACAAUAAUGCAUCAACUGAAUACGACAAUACUAAGAAAAAAAUCACACCAUUGGGUGGUUUUCCGCAUUACGGUAUUGUUAAUGAAGACUUCGUUAUGAUCAAGGGCUCAUGUGUUGGAGUUAAGAAGCGUGUUCUUACUUUAAGAAAAACUUUAAUCACCCAUACAAAACGUUCCGCUUUGGAGAAAGUUUCACUUAAGUUUAUCGAUACGAGUUCCAAAUUUGGACAUGGGCGUUUCCAAACUCCAGAAGAAAAACACGCUUACCUUGGUACUCUCAAAAAAGAUGCUGAAAAAUAG